AUUUACCCAGAUCUACACUGACUGUGACUCCAGACAGUCCUGUGUUCACUGGAGAGACAGUCACUCUGAAGUGUGUGAUAAAGCCUGAUCACAGUAACUGGAGAUAUGAGUGGUAUAAAGACAGUGUAAUGUCACAUACGUCUGAUCGUUACACUGUAAACAGAGACACUCUCACUAUCAGAGGAGUAAUUACAGCUGAUCAGGAUCAGUACACGUGUAGAGGACAGAGAGAUAAAAGACCAAACUCAUCACAAUCAAGCUCUGUUUCUCUCUCUGUGACGGAUUCACCCAGAUCUACACUAACUGUGACUCCAGACAGUCCUGUGUUCACUGGAGAGACAGUCACUCUGAAGUGUGUGAUUGAGUCUCACAGUAACUGGAGAUAUGAGUGGUAUAAAGGCACAGACAGUGUAAUGUUACAGACGUCUGAUCGUUACACUGUAAACAGAGACACUCUCACUAUCAGAGGAGUAAUUACAGCUGAUCAGUAUCAGUACACGUGUAGAGGACAGAGAGAUAAAAGACCAAAAUCAUCACAGGAGAGUAAACGAAUACAUCUGUCUGUUAAUGCUUCAUCUUCUCUUCUGGUCAUUGGUGUGGUUGUGGGAUUGAGUGUUUGCUUGUUGUUCUUCAUCUCACUGCUGCUGCUGUGGAGAUACAAGAAGAACAAAGAUCAGCAGCGUAACAUUAACCAGACAUCAGUCCCAAAUCAAUCUGGAGAAUCUCAACCCCAAAAAUCUCCUCUACAGUCUGGUUCUGAUCACAUUUAUGACGUUGUGACUGAAGUGAAUAAGAGAGAUAAAGGUGAUCCGGAGCCAUUGGCAGAUGUCACAUAUUCAGAGGUCACUGUCAAGAAAAACAAGAAAAAGAUGGACAAAGAUGAUAGCAUGCCAGAGCCAAAUGAUGUGACAUACUCAGAAGUCAGAAACAAAGUAAAGAAAUCCAAAAGCAAUGAUAUUAAUACUGCAGGACCCAGUGAUCUGGUUUAUGCACAGAUUGAUUUACAGGACAAAAAGAAAACCAAAGGCAAAGGAAAGAGCAGUGAGUCUGGAGACACUUUGUACUCUGAACUGAAGCACAACACAGACAGAGGUGCUGAUGCUGGUGAUGCAACCUAUGCUCAACCUAUGAGGAAGAAGAAUAAACCACGUCCCUGAGUGCAGUGAAGACAACAGACAGCUAAAAGAGAUUCACAGCAGCAGACACUGUGACGC